CCGCCUGAGGAGAAUGUCUGUCUCCCCCGUUCCCUGUCUCCCCCUCCUCCACCACCCCCUCCCCCUCUCCCAGUCUCUGGUCCUAGCAGUGUCCCCAGUGCUGGGGAGAACUCUCGGCUGUUGACAAAGCAGACUAGUUUUGACAAACAGCUGGACUCUCUAACUGACCUUCUGUCUGAGAUGGAGACCAGAGGACCCUUCAACCCCAAGUUGCCCAGUCAGUCCUCAGCUCCUCCUCCUCCUGCCCCCAAGCUUGCAGGUCCUCCCCCCACCGCUCCCAAGCCCAACCUCUCCUUCCUCCCCCCUCCAGAGAUGGGAGACAAGCCCCCUCCCGCUCCCUGGGCCGAGGAGCUCAAACUCCGAUCGACACACCGACAAGCCAAUAACGCUACAUCCGCCCCAGCUCCUGCGCCUGCACCUCAGCCAUUUGCUAAGGCCCCAGUCGUGGCUCCUAAGGCUUUUGGGGGCAUAAAAACAGGGACGUCCGUGCCUCCUGUGGGGCUGAAGAACCAGAACCACACCCCGGCUCCAUUUGGUUUUGCUCCUAAACCUUCCCCUGCAGCCAGCUCCUUCCCUCCUCCUCCUGCCGCUCCCCCCGCCCCUCCAGCCAACAAAGUGGCUCCCCCAGCCUUCAAUCACUCAAAGCCAUCUUCCAUUGACUCUCAGAUGACUGUGAGCCCGCCCCUUCCUGCUCCUGUGCCCCCUCCUCAGCCCAAAGCGAUGACAUCACCACCCUCUUCUUACAGCCAGCCAAUGAAAACUCCCCCUUCAUCAAAGCCCUCGCCCCCUGGGCCUGUCUCUGUCCCAGGUGGAGGUGUUCCUCUCUCCAUGAGGGAGGUGGAGGAGCUGGAGAGAAUGACCCAUGCAUUCAUCAAAGACAUGGACACACACGCUCCUGUCAUCACUUCACCACCUACAGAGGUAUGUGGGAAGUGUGGUGAGGCUCUGUCUCGUUCCCAGCCUGCAGUGAGAGCCAUGAACAAACUCUUCCACUCUGACUGCUUCUGCUGUGUGAGCUGCCAUCGCCCCCUGCAGGGCAUGCAGUUCUACGACAAGGACGGGACACCACAGUGUGAGGACUGCUACACUAGUUCUCUGGCGGUGUGUUCUCGGUGUGGGGAGCGUAUUACAGACCGUGUGUUGAAGGCGGUGGGCCAGUGUUUCCAUGCCCACUGUUUCCGCUGCUGCACCUGCGCCUGCAGCCUGGAGGGGGCGCCCUUCAUCACUGACGACAACAACAACCCAUACUGUGUCCCAGACUACCACAGGCGUUUCUCUCCCCUGUGUGUGAGCUGUAAUGAGCCCAUAGUUCCUGACGCCGGCAGUCAGGAGACCGUCAGGGUCGUGGCCCUCGACAAGAACUUCCACCUCAAGUGCUACCGCUGUGAGGAUUGUUCCCGCCCCCUCUCCAUAGAGGCGGACGCAGACGGCUGCUACCCAUUGGACGGCAGGAUCCUGUGCAUGAAGUGCCACACCCAGCGGGCCAAGGCUAUGCAUUGAUUGGUGGACACAUCUGUUAUUCAAGUCGAACUUUGAACCAAAUCCAAGGCACAGGAUCCAUUCAGCUUCCACCAUUCUGUCUUUACAACAGGGCUUUACUUGUGCACCUAGUGUGUGUGUGUGUGUGUGUGUGUGUGUGUGUGUGUGUGUGUAUGUGUGUGUGUGUCGUUAUGUCUCGCUCCUCUUUCUGCUUAUUCCCCCUGUCUCAGUCCAGAGGUAAUGUACUGCACUGAGAUAGACUCCUUUCCCCUUCUCCCCUUGUGUUAAUGCCAGUGUUAUCAAGGCCAUUUUUUGUUUACGCUAAAUCUCCCAGCAUGACUUGCACAAGUACAGCUUAGUCAUGAGCUGUGUCCCAACAGUCAAAGAUGGUUUCCUCUCCUCUUCUCUCUCCACUGAUAGGAAAACAUGUUAAUAAGGUUUUAGCCAUACAACUUUGAUUUGUCUAGGCCUUCCACUUUUCAGUGGUACGGAAGGGAAAGAGUUGAACUAUUACAGAGUAUUUGAGACAUAGUAACGGUAAGGUGAAGUUGCCCCUAGAUGCUGAUCUUGGGUCCCGCCUACUUAUUAGGGUUAGGUAUGGGGACGGCAAAUUGAUCCUAGAUCUGUGCCUACUGGCAACUUUUCCCAGGAGUUUAGUGUAACCCCCUGACCCCGGUGCACGAGGAGUUGAACAAAAGUUUAAGGUGGACUAAUUCAUGUUCCCCUGCACCUCCCAUAGGGCUGAGCUCUGGUGGGCUGGUGGCACCUGAAGCACUUUGGGAGUUAUAGUGCCUGCAAACAUACAAGGUGCUUAACUGCCUUUAGAGAGUGCUUUCUACAGAACUACAUAUCCCAUCAGACAUGAUGUAGCAGAGCAGUGUGCUGUGGAAAAUGUAGUUCCUCUGGGGGGGCCAGAGGAACUACAUGAAUGUCGCUCUCGUUUGUUUUUGUUGUGUGCGUUUGUUGCUUUAUAGGCAUGCAUAGCUACAGAUCACUCAGUUACUCUCACCAUUUUAUCAAGCACAGAAUGAGGGUACAUUACGAUCAAAAUUACAAUUAAUUUCUUUGUCAAAGGGAUUUAAAGUGUAUUAGACGAUUUAAGAUCAUGAUUAGAGAUACUACCAUUACACACUACCAAGAACAAAGAGGUAAAAAGUUUGCCAAGCACAGAUUCCAUUCCUAGUAUCUCAUCAUGUUAAAUAAUUAGAGUACUGUAGUUUAACGAGGGUUGCAUGGCUUAGAACAGGACCUACGCUCUAGGCAGAAGUUGCUCUUAACUGCAGUUCUAGGAUCAGAUUACUCUACCCCAUCCCUAAUCUUAAUUUAAAGGGGAUAGAGGGCAACUUCCAGGACCUACAGUUUACCUUCAGGUGAAUUGAAUUAAUGAGAGGUAAUAUCUCUAUACCUAUGUUAUUCAUUAGAUAUCUCAACUCGCCUGCAUACCAGAUAAGUGUGCGUUCAAGAGCGCUUCAUUGAGGAUGAUAAUCACAAAUACUGUAACUAUACACCUGCAUUUACAAAUGCUUAGUAUUUGGGGCAUUUGCAGAUCUCUGACUAACGUAAUAAAACUGAUUUUAUGAAUCAGGGUAUUAAGUAUUAUAAACAUGCAACAGAUCAAAUGGCCAGUCCUGAUGGCAGGAUAAAAGAGAGAAAUGCCCCAAUCUACGGUGUUGUAUAGCAGGUCAUUGACCGUAGUAGCAGCAGUUCAAGGUGUUGGUAACACAUUUCAAAUCCAGGCAGUGGUCACUCAAAUGCAUCACACUUUAAAUUCACUGCCUUUAUUUUCAUGGAAUUCACUUUCAUUUUUAAUCAUGUUUUUUGUCUGCUUUACACAGUAUAUUGUUCCUCUUCCUUUCUCAUAAUAUUCCAAUGAAUACCACUGUUUCCAUUAUUCAGCUUAGUGUAAUUUUGUGUUGAUAUCAGUUAUAUUUACUCUAAUUGUAAUCUAACCAUACUGUAUUUCAUUGAUAAGUACUUUUAUUUUCUGCGAUUUUUAUGUGAAACUUGGUGAGGUGCCAUUUUCACCCUAGGAUUCCACUCUCUCCUGUUCAUACUAGUUGGCACCGAACACCCAUCCUUACACAUUCCUCAGUCUGGCAUAGCGACACAACCCUAAUGACAAAACUAACAUUCAAAACCACAUGGCCAAAUAGGACUCAAUAUGCAUGUUAUCUGGGUCGUUGUUAGCACCUUUAGUGUUAUAACAGUUGUUUUCCUAUUUUUAUUUUUCUCACAAAUGAUUCCACCUUUGUGACCAUGCCUUUGUCAUCACUGUCAGACCACUGGUGUGUAAUGAUGCCUUCAGAAACACAUACUUUGCUCAUUUAUUUAAUGAUUGCCUUGUUCUUUUCAUAUUGUUCUUAUGAAUUCCUCUCUUAUAUAUGUGUGAAUGUGUAUAUGUUUACGGUUCCAAACAUGCCAACAUUAUUUACCAGUACAUGUCAUUAUAUUUCUUCUUUCAUUUUACUGUACUCAAAAUAAAACAAAUGGCUAAUUGCCUAAA